UAAUUCUGAGUUCUUCUUACUUCCUUCUUCUUCGUUGCAGAAGGCGUGUGUUCUUUGCAUGGUGUCGUUUUAAAGGCAGCGAUAAUGCCACAGAACGAAUAUAUUGAAAGACAUAUUAAGGAGUGGGGAAGGAGGCUUGACUAUCAUGAACGUAAACGUAAAAAAGAGGCUCGUGAGCCUCAUAAAAGAGCUGAAAAGGCAAGGAAACUUAGAGGAUUAAAGGCUAAAAUGUUUAACAAGGAAAGAAGAAAUGAGAAGAUUCAGAUGAAAAAGAAGAUAAGAGCACACGAGGAGAAGACUGUGAAGAAAACACAUGAAGAAGCUAAAGAAGGAGCCUUGCCUGUUUACUUGCUUGACAGAGAUGUUCAGUCUAGAGCCAAAGUGUUGUCAAAUAUGAUAAAACAGAAGAGAAAAGAAAAGGCAGGAAAAUGGGAUGUACCAAUUCCAAAAGUUAGAGCUCAGUCUGAUGCAGAAGUUUUCAAAGUCCUCAAAACUGGUAAAACUAAACGUAAGGCAUGGAAACGGAUGGUUACAAAAGUUUGUUAUGUAGGUGAAGGUUUCACAAGAAAACCACCCAAGUUUGAACGCUUCAUUAGACCUAUGGCUCUUCGCUUUAACAAGGCACAUGUAACACAUCCUGAACUGAAGGCUACUUUUUAUUUACCCAUUAUAGGAGUGAAGAAAAACCCAAGUUCACCCAUGUAUACAUCACUUGGAGUUAUUACUAAAGGAACUGUGAUUGAAGUUAAUAUUAGUGAACUGGGUUUGGUUACACAAGGUGGAAAAGUUGUUUGGGGAAAGUAUGCCCAAGUUACAAACAAUCCAGAAAAUGAUGGCUGUAUCAAUGCGGUUUUGCUUGUUUAAUAAAAUAAAAAGUUUUUGUUAAAA